GUGCCUUGUAUCCAAUGUGCUUUUCUCUAGAGAUAUCCAGCAAAGAGAAACAAAGUUGCGCUUUCUGUUGUGGAUUUUGAGAGGUGCUACAAUUUACUUGUCAGCGACACCAUCUGUCGUUUCGCUUUUAUUUUACAACAAGGAUAGCGUUUUUAAGCAGUGUUUACUGUUCUUUUGAAUGCAGGUCUAUGCAAAUUCGAUACGCUGUUUUUACUCCAAUUCUUUGCAGAACCCAACGUUUUAACUGCGCAAUAAAUAAUACGCGUUUGCAGAUGCUGUUUACCCAAACGGUGCCUGGUGCAAUAUAUUUGCUGGCUACGGUUUCCCCUCGAUACAUAACACUAGUUAAAGUCUUUUUGGUUCCUCAUUAGCCUACAAGAUGUCUAUGGAACUGGAUGUGUUUGUGGGGAACACAACUAUCAUGGAUAUGGAAGUCUAUCAGCUUUGGUUGGACGGUCUCACUGUGAGUGAUGCAGUAAAGGUGCGGAUGGAUGAGGGGGCAUUAUUGGAGUGUGAGGCGAAUCCAGAGGUGCUGACCAGCGAUACCAUGGACCAGUUUAGAACCUUCCAGAUGUGUGAGCGUCUUUUACACUCCCCCACCAAACUGGGCAGUCAGCUGCUGUAUCAGAUCCCGGCCCAGAACCAGAUAAUUCUCAUUGAAAGGUACUAUGAAUUUGACAGUGUGUUUGCCAGAGAGGUGCUGGGGAAAAAGCUCUCCAAAGGGACCAAAAAGGACUUGGAUGACACCAGCUGUAAAACAGGGAUCACACUGAAGAGCUGCAGGAGACAGUUUGACAAUUUCAAGCGGGUGUUCAAAGUGGUGGAGGAGCUCAAGGGCCCACUAGUGGAGAACAUACAGCGUCACUUCUUGCUCUCCGACACACUGGCAAGGGACUAUGCUGCCAUUGUGUUUUUUGCAAACAGCCGCUUUGAGACAGGAAAGAGGAAGCUACAGUACCUCUCAUUCCAAGACUUUGCCUUCUGUGCAGGCCAGCUCAUCAGUUACUGGACAAUAGGAGCAAUGGAUAGCAUGAUGGAGGAUAUGGAUGUUGACCUGGAGAAAGAGUUUCUGAAUGAACUGAAAGAUCUCAAGGUUUUGGUUAAUGACAAAGACAUGAUGGACCAACAUAAAAUCCUGGUGUGUGCUGCUCUGCGGGGAAAGAUCAAAGUCUACAAGUUGAUGGAGGUUAACUUCAAAAAUCUUUCUAGAGCCCUGAUAAACCUUGCAUCUAAACUUACACAUACCAAAGAUGUCAGAGAUUUAUUCAUCGACCUUGUGGAGAAGUUCAUAGAGCCAUGUCGAUAUGAUAGAUGGACAGUGGCAGAGAUCACACUCUUCCUCACUCACUACACCAAUGCCGCUCAUUGUCUUGGCACGUUCAGGCACCAGAUGAUUUGGGACAGAUACAUGGGCGUCAUCAAAAGCUGUAUCCUCCAAAUGUACCAUGAAUAGGUAGAUCCCUGGUUUGGACCUCCUCUCCUGAUUGAGCUGCAUCACAGGAGGCUGCUGAGGGGAGGAUGGCUCAUAAUAAUGGCUGGAAUGGAGUGAAUGGAAUGGUAUCAAACACGUGGAAACCAUUUAUUUGAUGUGUUCAAUACCAAUCCAUUUAUUCCGUUCCAGCCAUUACUAAUAGCCUAUCCUCCCCAAUUAAGGUUCCACCGGCCGCCUGUGAUCUGUAUUGAUCUUACUGUGAAUCUGUCUUCCCUCUGGCAUUUUUUCGUAACUACCUCAGCCCAGUGCAGUCCACUUCUCCACCUCUCCCUGAUCAAAGUGAACUAUCUGUCUCCAUCUCCUUCUAUCUCUUCAGUCAGUCCCCCUGUAAAUAUACUGAAUGAACUGAAUACUUUUCUGAUAUGUAAAUUGUGACUUAAAUGAAGUAAACAUAUUUGUUUUAGAAAGAUGUUUCAACUGUUUGGUUUAUGUUUGUGAAAAUGUGAGGGUGUGUGUCUUAGUCCGUGUGUGUGUGUGUGUGUGUGUGUGUUUUAAGGGGGUGGGUUAGCAGCAGGGGGCUACAGUUGGUCAGGGUUGUCUCGGAGGGGGAUUCGGGUCUGAACUGAGACUUUACUGCCCUAUAAAACCCCUUCACUAGGACAGCUGUCCUGCCCCGUUCCUGCCAAAUGGUCAUAGAAAUGUUCCCAUUUUCCUAAUGAUAACUUGGACUUAAGGAAUGGAAUCACAGUUUAUUUUCCAAUGCAUAAAGGAAUUUGCACUCUGGUGCAAUACAGGGAUUUCUCAUGUUGAACAUGAGCACACUUGUGUGUAUGCUGUAGAAACAGUGGCCUGCUGUCUUUAACUGUUAAACCUUGUUUCUUUGUGUCUGCUCAUUAACUUGUCUCCACAUUCCUCUGGGCCCCCCUUCUUCCCAGACAGUAAAUAUCCAACUGUGUCAGAAGGAGAUUAAGAGGGCGCAGGGGAGGGCAGGGAUGGAUGGCACUCAGAGGUAGAGAGGGAGCGGAGGAAGAGUGAUAAGUUAAGGACUGGGUUUGUUUGAAUCCAGGUAUGUCCUUUCCUCUAGAGUGCAGGGUUGGUUUUUUAUGCCACUAUUGUCCCUGCAUGGUUGAUUAAUGGAUGUUGAAUUUGGGCUGCAGACCAGGAAUUUGAAUCCCAGAUAGAGAGAGGAAUAGACAGAGGACAUGGCAAAACAAGAGGCUGAAGGAGGAUAAUGCUCAGGGCUGUGCAGCAAGGAUGUGGCUCAGGGGGUAAGAAUGGGCUGUCCUUCCCCCUUUCCUUUCUCUUGCCCAGCCCCUUUCUUUUCCUCCCCAAACACUUUGUUUCACAAACACACUUUCACACUGCUUCACAUACACAUUUUCACACUGCUUCACAUACACAUUUUCACACUGCCGCAAUCCACUGCUCUACUUGUAGGACAGACACCUAAAAGACAGGACCUGUAAAUCCACUAAGAAAAAAAGAGAGAGAGAAAGUGAGGAAGAUACAGCCCACGAAGCUGUACUAUAGCCCUGCAUCUUGACAAAGAUUUUCUGUUAGCAUAAACUGUGAAAGAGUGUCAAGGACUUACAACAUUAUACAAGUGAACAGAACUGUGGACUAGAGGAAGACUGAUCAGUGAGUAAUAUUAGAUUUUUAAAAUGUUAUUGUAUUAAUGAAUGAAGAAUGUAAAAACAAAUAUGCAAUACAUUCCAUAGAAAGACAGUACUGUAGGUUGUAAUGUCAUUCUUCCUUCAUUCUUCCCUUUGAACCUGCUGUAGUACAAAUAUAGGAUCUUAAUUUGAGCCAGUUUGAUACAGCAGGAAAAUAAUCCUGCAGCAACAGGAAAUGUAAAUUUAUUAUGUGAAUUAUAAUUAAUGGACACUUUUGCAAGGGUUGAUACAUUUUUUUGUAAAUCAAGUCUGACAUUUCGAAGUGGAAAUUACAAUCUUCAGAAGCCUAUUUAAACCUCAUACACUACAAGUUAAACAUGUUCUGCAUUGCAGGAAAGUUGUCUUCAACAGGGUGAUCAAAGAAAUAUCCUAUGUUGUUUUCUGCCAUUUUAUUUUUGGCUUUGAGGAUAAAAUGUAGUUCUGCAGUGCAAGUUUUCUUGAAAUGAUUGAUCAAUUGCUAAAUAGAAGCUAUUAUUAAACCCUGUUACUGCAGUGGGCUAAAUCAGGAUCACACAGAGGGAUUCUUGGUAGUCUUAAAACAAAUCUACUUUGAAACAAAAGUGUACACCUCACACACAUGGUUAUGGGCUUACAAAAAAUAAGAUCCCUGCAUCAUGUUGAAAUGUAUAACAUUUUGAGUUUGCAUCCCAAUAUUAGACUUUAUAUACAUCACAGAAGACUGAAAUAUAACAAAACUGUUUGACAUAGAAACAGCAGAUUUUUGACAGUAAAAAAAAAAAGAUUCUUUAUGAAAUGACAUAUUAACAACGUUCCAUCCACGAGGACA